CGGAAGCGCCAGACGGUCUUUCUGCCGGGCCUUGCUCCCGGCCCCCAUCCUCCCCGCCCGGUCUGUUGUCUGGACGAUUUCAAACAGUCGAGUUAAAUCAGGCUGGGCAAUCAUGGCAGAAGGUGGAUUCGAUCCCUAGUAAUGUGUUUGCUCUCAUGAACAUGCAGUGAGAAGGCUGAUCAAUCUGUUGAGGCAGUCCCAGCCCUACUGCACAGACACGGAAUGUCUUCAGGAAUUACCAGGGCCCUCUGGUGAUAAUGGCAUCAGUAUCAUCGUGAUCUUCAUGGCCUGGAUGGUUAUUGCAGUGAUCUCGUUCCUACUGAGACCUCCUCAUCUAAGAGGAUCCAACCUAACUGGCAAGCCAACUAGUCCUCAUAAUGGACAAGAUCCACCAGCCCCUCCUGUGGACUAACUUUGUGAUAUGGGAAGUGAAAAUAGUUAACACCUUGCACGACCAGAACACUCUUAACCUCAUUAGACUGUUUCUCCUUUUACAUCUGCAAUCUGGGAUGGUAUUGUUUUCAUGAGCUUCUGGAAAUUUCACUCACGAGCUGCUUUUUGCUUCCUGUGUUAUCAUCAUUCCUUUUUACAGUAUAUUUGAGUAAAUGAUGAUAUUGAAAAAGUUACAUGGGCUUUUUUGGUUGUCCUAAACUUAAACAUUCCACUCAUUCUAUUUGUAACUGUGAUCAGAAUUUUUUUGUGAUGAUUUCUGGCCUGAUGGAAGGAAAUUUGAGAUCCUGCCUUUAAAUAUUUUAAAUAGUUUUGAUAGGUUUUUAGAAUUGCUUUUUUCCCCCGUAAGGUAUUUAUAAAGUUACUUGGUGUUCUCUUAGAUUGUAUGAAAAAGAAUUAGGACCACACUGUAUUUACAUUUACCUUAAUAGUUUAUUUGUGGUUGUCAGUUUUUUCUAAUUCUUGGGACUGUGGCAGCCUUUGGAAUAUUUUCCAGAUCUGUGCCCUCCACUGCAACUGGCUUAUGUGGCUAGAAAAAGAGGGGAGAAGAAAUGAAGUAGUUGUUUACUAAGUUUUUCAUUCCUACAAAAAUGUCUAAUAUUAUGAGAACUUUAAAUAAGCAUGAUUUAAUAUGGUGGAUGAUUUACAGUCCAUUAUAGCCUUAUAAGACUCAUGAAAGGAGGAAAAAGGUUAACGCUUUCUGCCUUUGCCAGGUCUAUUCUAUACAGUAAUAAUUAAAGCUAUAAUUCAUUUGUUAAAUGGGUGCCUCUCAGGAACCUUUCUGGUUCUAACACUUCCCUGUGAAUGGAACUCUCUGAAAGCUGUAUUGGGGACCUAUUUGGUUACCGACAUUUGAAUGUUGUUUACUUAUUUAGCCUAUUUUUUUCUGUGAAGAAAAAAUUGAGUCUUUUGUUUCCCAUCUGACUUCAGAAAUAUUUGAUGGUUUACUCCAAGGGAAAAAGAGGAAAAUGAAAAAGCAGUCAAGGAUCUUUUUCUCAUCCCAUAUCUCAUUCUUUU